UUCGAUAUCGACAAAUCGAUAUCGACGAAAUUAUCGGGAAAUCGUCCAAACUUACAUCACUAGGUGUUAUGCAAAAUACGUCAUUUUUUGUGACUUUUCGACAGGUUUUUUCCCUUUAAACGAGCGAGGAGUCACCAUGGCGACGGCCGUGCCGCAUUGCCCCCCGAAACAGGACCUGCCCCCGCCGGGCGGCUACAAGAAGAUCCCCUUUGCCCGCGUGCCGCCCAAGAGCUACUUCACAGGCUUCACCAUGAUCGGCAGCUAUGUGGCCGUGACGGCCGUCGGCCUGGGCAUCUACUACUUGACCGCCAAGAAGGUGAAGCGCGACGAGAUCGAGAUGCGCUCCGCCCAGAACGUGAUCUUCCCCAUUCUGGUGGCCGAGCGGGACCGCGAGUUCCUGCGCCAGCUGCGCCGCAACCGGGACGAGGAGGCCGAGCUGAUGAAGGACGUGCCCGGCUGGGAGGUGGGCACCUGGUACGGCGAGCCCGUAUUCAAGACCCUGCCCGAGGACACCCUGGUGACGCCCAUCUUCAAGGAGUUCUACGCCCACUCCGACUGGAAGUCGUACGCCAAGCGUGCCCACCUGAAGCUCUGGUCCUAAUCGGCCCCAGUUACCGGACUAGUUAAUGCCUAAGCCUCCUCCCUUUUUGUUUGUAGAACCGCCUAAGUGCUAAAAAUAUCGCCCAAUUAUAACUACUGAGAUUGGCUGAAAAUGCA